AUGACUCGAAUCCACUCCAGUGCUUUGGGUUCCCAUGUGGCUGAUGAGGCCAAUGUGGAAUCAUCAGAAUCUGUCACAGCGAGUCCUUCAGGGCAGGGAUGUUACCAGCUGGCCAACAAUGCUGACCGACAGCAGGGGGCCCGCAUCAAGCAGGUCUUCGAGAAGAAGAACCAGAAGUCGGCUCAGACCAUCCUGCAGCUGCAGCGCAAGCUGGAGCAGUGUCACCGCAAGCUGCGUGAGAUUGAGCACAAUGGCAUGCCUCGGCAGCCCAAAGAUGUGUUGCGGGACAUGCAGCAGGGGCUGAGAGGCGUAGGGGCCAAGGUGACGGGUUUCAGUGAGGGUGUCGUGGGUAGUGUACGGGGUGGUCUCUCCAGCUUCUCACAAGCCACCCACUCAGCUGCAGGCGCUGUGGUCUCCAAGCCACGGGAGAUCGCGUCCCUCCUCCGCAACAGGUUUGGCAGCGCUGACAACAUCCCUGCCCUGAAGGACUCGCUGGACGAAGCCCAGGCAGAGGAGUGCCUCAAGGGCCUGGGCAUCUGUGGCAACCUGCAGUCCAGCCCCAAGUAUGGCAGUGAGGAGGAAUGCUCAAGUGGCACAUCAGGAUCAGCUGCCAACAGUGUGUCAGGGGCACCACUGGAACCUGCCACCUCCAAAAACAACACGCUAGACCUCGCCUGCUCGAGCUUCGAGGGGCUAUUCCAAGAACUGCAGCAAGUAAAAGAGACACAGGCCCAGCUGGAGGAAUCAUUUGACACUUUGAAGUCUCACUAUCAAAGGGAUUAUACACUGAUGCUACAAACUUUGCAGGAAGAGCGAUACAGGUGUGAGCGGCUUGAGGAUCAGCUCAAUGACCUGACAGAGCUUCACCAGCACGAAAUCCUCAACCUAAAGCAGGCUGAAAAAAAGGAUCAUUUUAAAGUCAUGGUGAAAAGCAAAACCCAAUAUAACUGUCUAGACCAGACCGAGCAUCAAAAGAACACCCUAAGAAAAGUGAACACUGAAUCAAAAAUGAACUUCAAACGCCUAAUGGAUUUAACGUUAUGA